ACGGGUCAGGCUGCCGCCUAAGAAGUUCUUAUACGCAUUUCCCCUAGCAAGGGGACCUUUCUGCAAGCUGAAGUUUCAGGUCAGCAACGUCAUGGAGCGCUUCCCACUUAUUAGCUGGAUGGUGGCAGGAUUAGAGGCAGACAGAGCACCAUCCAGCAGAAGCAGCUACGAAGCGGGGGUCAGCGAAUGCGUAUGCCUAUCGGUGGUCCUUUCACCUUGCUUUCCUUUAGGGAUAUUGGGGAUAAUCGUCAUCUUUCCCAGCUUUCCCAGCUUUCCCACAGAUGGUGUGUCCGUAAUGCGGAGACUUCGCAACCAUCGUAUCAUUUACAUCAUGACCAAGAUCCGACCAAUAUGUCUCCAGUCAGUGGGAGGGCUCGGUACAGCGCCCGGCUCACCCAGCAAUACAUCAGGGUCGCUCCCGCCCCGAACAGCUCAUGUUUCCUACGCUUUGCCCCUCCGAUACGGCUCUACCCUUAUCAAAUCGCCCACCCAUAUCUCUUAUGAUCCUCCGUCCCAUUAUCGCCGUGCUAUUAUACCCAUCUUUCUUCAGUCUAGCGCUCCCUGCUAAGCUGCCUUCAUUGGCCUUUCUUUUUUUAUCUUAUCUAUCUCAAUCAACAAUGCCCCACUUCUUUCACCUUGUACUGCUACUUUCCGAACUCCUCCCCCACCCUUUUCCGUUUCUUUUCAGCUUCAAUUCUUGACAACUGUGUGCACUAGAUGGAGAACUUUAUACCCCGACUUGUUGUUUACGGUGACAGGCUUUUUGAUCUUCCUCCGUGUGUCUGUAACGACGUUCCUCUAUUUUCCACCAUCAGGUAUCAAUCAUCUUUAGCGUCUUUAAGUCUGAUUCGGAAAUGCAACCCAUGAAAUUUAUAGGAAACGGAGCGUACUUCCACUUUUCGUC